GCGGCAGGCGGGACGCUCCCGAAGCCGGUGCGGGGGGACGCCCGGCAGGGUGGGCAGCUGGCGGGCUGUGGGCGCCUUCUCCGUGCCAUCGCUGCCUGCCCACCCCCCGAUGUGAUCCGGACCAGGCCUUGGUCGGGCCUUGGAGCCCGAUCCGCUGCCCCGCGAGGGAGGCUGGAUCUCGGCGCUUGGAGCGGGCCAGAAGGUUUUAGGAAACUGUGGGCUUUUAAAGCACCCUCUCUGGAAAGCACUUGCCUCUUUGCGGAGAGCGAGAGCCGGAACCAGGCCCGGGGUGCCACGGGUUGGCGGGCGGGCGCCGGCACGAGUUGGAGGUAACUUUAGGAAAGACAGAGCUUGUCUGCAGGGCGACCUCUUCCUCCCAUGGUUGAAUUCGAAGAUGUCUUCAGAUGAAAGCGCGCCGCCGUUAAGUUGAGCGUCUUAAUAAUGAAACGAUUCCGAAAUUUUAUGAAACUUCUUUAAAAGCCCUGUUUGGGGAGAAGUGUGCUCAUUCUACCGUAGAACCGCUGGGUGGCGCUGGUGCGAACUGACUUUUCCUCCAGCACGGCGAACCGGGAACCUGUUUCUCUUCAUUGUCCCCUUGGUGGCACGUUCAUGUGGUUUAUUUUACAAUGUGCACAAAGGGAUUGUGAGGAAAACCAGGUACAGGCAGGACCACCAUCUACUAGAAAUAUUUCCCUGGAAACAGCUGGCGAUUAACCCCCAAAAGUUCACCAUUAUUAAAAACACUUAAUGAUAUUGCCUUGGAAUAAUCUUGGGGAGAAGAAAAGAAAAAAAAAAAACGAAAGUAAAAAAUACUUUAAGACAUGGACAGAAAAAUGUAGAAUCAGGAAAUAUUUUUAUGGUAAUUGUUUUAUUUAGAUUUGUAUAUUUUUAUAUUUACAAACUUAGCUUGAGUUUAUUUGCAUACCAUAGCAGAGUGUUAAAUCUGUACACAUUUUAUGUUUUCAAAUGGAAUUGUAUUUGCUGAUGAAAAAAUUUAUAUUAUGUUUAUUAAAUUAUCAGAAGUUUUUAUGUUUCUGACUGUAUACUGUUAACAUAUAUAGUGCAUUCCCAAAUUGCUGUUGAUAAGGGUUUUCUCCUACUGUUGGCUUAAAAAUGAGCUCAGAAUUCUUCCUCGGGUUUAAUUCAAUGGAGUCAUCUUGACCCACUAGUCAAUGAAGUCCCCUAUGGAAAGAGCUUCCUUAUAGGUUAAAGCAGAGAAUUGGGAAAUAGAAUAGCAUUAAGAGAAAGUAAGUCGACUUUGAUUUAGAAAUUUAAAGUGAGAUUUUAAAGCCAGUCUUUGAGAUGAUCCGCAGCAACGUAACAGUAUGUGAAACAAAAUAGAUUAUACCAACAAACUGUCACCAAAAUUUUUAAAUGUUAUGGGGCUGAAAAUAGAUAACGAAAUUGAUGCAAGUUUUUGAAUGUCUUAAAGAGAUGUACAUGUGAAGUCAUGCUAAAGUUAAGUGUAGUGCAUUGAUAUUAUUAAUCACCUCUCCCUGCCCCUUCUCUUCUUGUAGAUCUAUUUUUAAUUUUUCUCCAAACUUAUUUAACUUGAGUUUCUUUCCCUUUUAAUAUUACAGUUGCUACAAGUAGAUGGGAAACACUACUCGUAAAUAUUAUAACAAAGUCACCAUUUGGGAAAAAAAAAAAUGCUAAGGGUGUAUAAAGCCAGUUGUUGAGAAAUGGAUGGGUCAUACGGCCAUGAAUGAUUAGUCCUAUCAGGGAGAGUUUAAUUAACAGCCACCCCGUACAACAGAGUGCUCCGCGGUCAGCUCAGGCUUAGGCAAGAUAGGCCCAGAGCUGGUGUUUCUGUUGCACACCCCCAGGCUGCACCGCCUUUUUUCUCUAGUUUGGUUAAAAAUCUCCUUUUAACCAAAAGGGCUUUGCUGAGGCCGGCCUGGGGUGGAGACUGGGAUACCAACUGGCGUGGAUGGGGUAGGCGAUGGAGGGACCCCAGAAGCCGGCCCCUGGGCCUGGCAUGCCUACUCCUCGGUCCCCGUCAGCAACAUGAACUCGGGCCUGGGCUCUAUGAACUCCAUGAACACCUACAUGACCAUGAACACCAUGACCACCAGCGGCAACAUGACCCCAGCUUCGUUCAACAUGUCCUACGCAAACCCGGGCCUGGGCGCCGGCCUGAGUCCGGGCGCGGUGGCUGGCAUGCCAGGAGGCUCCGCGGGCGCCAUGAACAGCAUGACGGCUGCGGGCGUGACGGCCAUGGGGACAACGCUGAGCCCCGGCGGCAUGGGCGCCAUGGGCGCGCAGCCCGCGGCCUCCAUGAACGGCCUGAGCCCCUACGCCGCUGCCAUGAACCCGUGCAUGAGCCCCAUGGCGUACGCGCCGUCCAACCUGGGCCGCAGCCGAGCGAGUGGCGGCGGCGACGCCAAGACUUUCAAGCGCAGCUACCCGCACGCCAAGCCGCCCUACUCGUACAUCUCGCUCAUCACCAUGGCCAUCCAGCAGGCGCCCAGCAAGAUGCUCACGCUAAGCGAGAUCUACCAGUGGAUCAUGGACCUCUUCCCUUAUUACCGGCAGAACCAGCAACGUUGGCAGAACUCCAUCCGGCACUCGCUGUCCUUCAACGACUGCUUCGUCAAAGUGGCGCGAUCCCCGGACAAGCCAGGCAAAGGCUCCUACUGGACGCUGCACCCGGACUCCGGCAACAUGUUUGAGAACGGUUGUUACUUGCGCCGACAGAAGCGCUUCAAGUGUGAGAAGCAGCCAGGGGCCGGGGGCGGAAGCGGGAGCGGAGGCGGCGGCGGCGGCGCCAAGGGCGGCCCGGAGAGCCGCAAGGACCCCUCGAGCGCCGCCAACCCCAGUGCCAAUUCUCCCCUUCAUCGGGGCGUGCACGGUAAGGCGGGCCAGCUAGAGGGCGCGCCGGCCCCCGGGCCUGCUGCCAGCCCCCAGACUCUGGACCACAGCGGGGCGACAGCGACAGGGGGCGCCUCGGAGUUGAAGACUCCAGCCUCCUCGGCGGCGCCCCCGAUCAGCUCUGGGCCAGGGGCACUGGUUUCUGUGCCUCCCUCCCACCCGGCGCAUGGCCUGGCACCCCACGAGUCCCAGCUGCACCUGAAAGGGGACCCCCACUACUCCUUCAACCACCCCUUUUCCAUCAACAACCUCAUGUCCUCCUCGGAGCAGCAGCACAAGCUGGACUUCAAGGCGUACGAGCAGGCACUACAGUACUCGCCCUAUGGCGCUGCGUUGCCCGCCAGCCUGCCGCUCGGCAGCGCCUCGGUGGCCACCAGGAGCCCCAUCGAGCCCUCAGCCCUGGAGCCAGCGUACUACCAAGGUGUGUAUUCCAGACCCGUCCUAAACACUUCCUAGCUCCCUGGGACUGGGGGUUUGUCUGGCAUGGCCAUGCUGGUAGCAAGAGAGAGAGACACACAGAGAGAAAAUCAACAGCAAACCAAACCACACAUAUCGAGCCGACAACAGCAUAAUAAAAUCCCAACUAUUUUUAUUUCAUUUUUUUGUGUGUGUGUGCACAAUCUUUUCCCCAGUGCAAAGGACUGUUACUUUGUUAUUGUAUUCAAAAUGCCUUGUGUAUAUUAUUACAAAGAAAACCCAUCCCAAACCAACAAAAAAUUUUUUCCUGCCAAGUUUAACGAUCCACAAAUGUAUAUAUAAAAUCUUCCUAUUUCCUUAUUCCUGUCCCUUCCCUCUUUCCCCUCCAGACACAUUCCAGUCUGUGCAGGGUUUAUUUAAAAAAAAAAAAAGAAGAAGAAGAAAGAUGGUCAAACUUGUAAAAUAUUUGUUUGUGCUUCCCCCCCUUCCACCACCUGACCUCUCCACAAGUUUACAGGUCUAUGGCAAUACUCUUAACCAUAAGAACUGAAAGAGUGAAGAAACAAGUAGACACUAGGGACUAUUAAAAGUAUUUGAAGGACAAUACUGCUGUUAUGCAGCAAAACAUAAACUGAUUCUAAACAUCAGAGCCAUUUGUUAUUCAGCUUACAUUUCUGAUACAUUCAGAUAUGGAAUACAUAUAUAUUAUGUACGAACUUAUUUAUGCACAUGCUCAGAUAUGUAGACAUCCUCCAUAUAUUUGCAUAACAUAUAGAAGUAAUACGUAGGUGUUAUACAUGCUACAUUUUCAAGAGUUGCCUGACCAAGAAGUUACAAAGACACCCCUCUCCCUUGUCCUCUCUACCCACAUAUAGCCCUGGAAAUCAAUUCCUCAAGAAUUGCAAUCCUCAAUAACUCUGCUCCUUGCUUUGCAGAGUGCCAUUGUCAUGUCAUUCUGAGGUCACAGAACAUGUAUAAAAUUAGCUUCUCUGUAUCUAUACCAUUUAAAUAAUAUUUUUUUCCAGGAAAAAGGGAAUAUUACAAUGUUGGAGGAGAGAUAAGAUAUAGGGAGUGGUAUUUCAAAAUUUGGUCCAAGAUCCCAAAAUCCAAUUGAUUGUGGCCAUUUUAAUUAUUGCCAUCAUGUGCUUGUUUCAUUCAGUGUUAAUGCACUUUUCACAGCUGGACAUGGUGUUAGUAUAGCCAGACGGGUUUCAUUCUUCUUCUUUGCUUUCUCAAUGUUAAUUUAUUGCAUGGUUUAUUCCUUUUUUUUCUUUAUAGUUGAAAUUACUUUAAAUGAUGGUUAAAAUUACAAAUUAAAAAUGUUAAUUUUAUCAAUGUGAUUGUAAUUAAAAUAUUUUGAUUUAAAUAACAAAAAUGAUAAAUUUUAAGCCGUGGAAUAUGUUCUUGAUCAUUUGCAGUUAAGGACUUUAAAUAAAUCAAAUGUUAACAAAAAAAAGUAUUUCUGUUAUUUUCCUUAAUUAAGUCCAAAAUAGGAAUUCUGAUUAUGAUAUUUUGCAAAGUCCGGCACUGAAUAUAAAUGGCAAAAAGGAAAAUGAUCUAAAACAAAAUUGUUUUGUUUAUGUUUAUUACAUGAACUUGAGGCUAGUAAAAAGCAGUUACAGUAAUGCAAUAAAAGUGGGUAGAUAAAUUGAUGUGAUAUCCCAAUAAUUGAGACUUUUAAGAUUGUUUAUUCCUGGUAAUGUUUACUUCAGUUUUUGAGAUGAGCUUAAGCCUUCUAUGUUUCCUUUGAGCCUGUCCACAAUGAAAUCAAAUUCAUUAAUAUAACUACUGUGCCCCCUUCCUCAAUGUAUAAUUUUCCCUUAUCUGAGAAGUAUUCUAGGAGAAUAAAAUAUCAUAUGUGGCUGAUAAAAUUAAGUUGUCCACAACAAAGAAUCCUGAACUCUCUCUCUUUUUUUUUUUUUUCCAUUAAAAGAGAAACAAAACUCAACCAUCAUGGUUGCUUUGGAGGGGGUGAAGGGGAGGCAAGUUAAUUCACUCCUGCAGGGGAAGCUUUGUGCCAUCAGGACAUUUCAGGGUAGCUGCUAUUUUGUAUUUUGUGAAGAUACUUCUAAAAAUACGGUUUCUAAAAAUAUCAUUCCUGAGAACUUAAAGCUGAUUUGCCUUCUAAGAAGCUUUUAAAUGCAACUUCACACCCCUACAGUUGCUUGAGAUCACAAAAUCAUUAAUCUCCUUUGAUAGUAGGCUCACUUUCCAGUCCACCUAUUUCUUUGUAAGUCUUGUUCGGAUUGACAUCAACAAUAACAACACCAGCCCAAGCAGAGGCUAGCCUGCCUGAGCCCCUGUGUAUGAACUCCAUCCUCGCCA